AGGAGGGCGGCAAUUCACCCCGCCACCUGUCUACACACUUCAAUACUCCUCGGUGUGCGUCUGGCAUUUCCGGAGCUCUUCAAUGCCACAAACAAAAGCACCCUGUCAAGUCUGACUUCCUAACACCGCCAAGGAGGCGUGGCUUCGGGACCGGAAGAACGUCCGGUUGCCAAGGGAACGUUACGCGCCUAGGCGCCUGCCCAGCCACUGAUGCUCCCGCUGAGGCACAGGCUACCAGUUCACCACACUUGGAGAAGCGGCUUUGCGCAGGAGCAGGGAUUCUUCCAAUGGAGGUAUAGAGAAGAAGGCUGAGAGACGCCCGAUUCUUAUCCCAGGGACGGAGACGAGUGAGUGGUCCAUUCCUGUUCCUCUUCAGCUCCCGGGCGCUCAAAGACCAGCUUGUUUGUAAAUAUUUGAAUCACAAUAUGGGAUUGCUAGACAGACUUUCAGGCUUGCUUGGCCUAAGGAAGAAGGAGGUUCAUGUUUUGUGCCUUGGGCUGGAUAAUAGCGGCAAAACAACAAUCAUUAACAAACUUAAACCUUCAAAUGCUCAAUCUCAAGAUAUAGUUCCAACCAUAGGAUUCAGCAUAGAGAAAUUCAAAUCAUCCAGUUUGUCUUUUACAGUGUUUGACAUGUCAGGUCAAGGAAGAUACAGAAAUCUCUGGGAACACUAUUACAAAGAAGGACAAGCCAUCAUUUUUGUCAUUGAUAGUAGUGAUAUUUUAAGAAUGGUUGUGGCCAAGGAAGAACUUGAUACUCUUCUGAAUCAUCCAGAUAUUAAGCACCGCCGAAUACCAAUCUUAUUCUUUGCAAACAAAAUGGAUCUUAGAGAUUCAGUGACAUCUGUAAAAGUGUCUCAACUUCUGUGUUUAGAGAACAUCAAAGAUAAACCAUGGCACAUUUGUGCUAGUGACGCCAUAAAAGGAGAAGGAUUGCAAGAAGGUGUAGACUGGCUUCAAGAAAAAACAAUACAAUCAGAUCCAGGCUGUGAAGACCUGAAAAGAUAGUAUUUGGAAACUUCAACAAUUUUUAAUUCAAGAAAUGUAUCUUAAGGCAAACUGAAUACUUCCAAAAUUUUUAAAGAUGUUUGUGCAGCUAAGAAUACUUUAUAAUCUUCUGCUUGCAUUUAUGGACUCUGAGUGAGCUUUGUAAGAACAAAGGACUGCAGGUAUGCUUAUCUGACCAUUAAUUAUAUUAAAAUUAAAUCUUUCCUCAGAA